GACGCCGCUUCCGCCCGUGCCCAAGAUGGCGGCGCCCUUUGUCUGGUCCGUGUCCCUCCGAGCCCUGCGGGCUGCGAUGUGACCCCCGCGGGGCCGGGAUGGCAGUAACUCUGGACCCUCUGAUAAGCCUGGCUGAUGAAUAGAGCAAUUGUUCCGUAGGAAGUAAACCCUGAUGAGAAGGUCUCCUUGACAUUCAAGAGGGCAGCAUGGUCCAAAGCAGAAGAUCCAGGACUGCAAACUGAGAGACUGGGGUACUGCUCUUAUCUCUGCCACUGACUCUGGGAUUUGGGGGAUGUUUGUUCAUGGAAAAAAAGCUAUGGAUUUCCCCCAUCACAGCAAGCAGGUCCUGGAGCAACUAAACCAGCAGAGGCAGCUGGGCCUGCUGUGCGACUGCACCUUCGUGGUGGACGGCAUUGACUUCAAGGCUCACAAGGCAGUGCUGGCAGCCUGCAGCGAGUACUUCAGGAUGCUCUUUGUGGAUCAGAAGGACGUGGUGCACCUGGACAUCAGCAAUGCAGCAGGCCUCGGCCAGGUCCUGGAGUUCAUGUACACGGCGAAGCUGAGCCUCAGCCCUGAGAACGUAGAGGAUGUGCUCGCAGUUGCAGGCUUCCUCCAGAUGCAGGAAAUUGUCAAUGCUUGCAAUGCCUUGAAGUCUCUCACCGUGCCAGCAGAAAGCCAAGAGCCUCCUGCCGUGACAGGGGAUGAAAAAACAGCUGGGGAAGGGAAAGCAGCAGCAGAGCUGCUGGGCAACCUCGACCGUGCCACGCAAGUUGCAUCUGACAGACAAGGGAAGGUGAAAACAGCAGAGGCUGCAACAGAGGCAAAGGAGGAGACUGAGAACAGCAGCAGCAAGGCGACCAGCAGAGCAGGUGUAGAGGAUCCCAUGAGAGAGGAGAUCCCCAGUCACCUGCCACUGGAGGACACGAAGCCGAGCAACAUCAGCCCAGCUGCCAGGGGCUGCUCCUCCCAAGGAUCGGAGCAAGAAAUGGAAGUGGAGCUGGAGGGGAAGGAGGAAGAGGAUGAGACGACAGGAGAGGAAGAGGAGGAAGCCAGAAUCCCAGAGGAUGAGCUAUCGAGGUUAGCAAAUGGAGACAACCCAGAGGAUAACGAAUCUGGGGGCACAGACUCUGGACUGGAGAAUUCGGGGGAAGCCAGGCUGCUGCGAUCAGGCACCUACAGCGACAGAACGGAGUCAAAAGCAUACGGUUCGGUCACACACAAGUGUGAGGACUGCGGCAAGGAGUUCACACACACUGGCAACUUCAAACGGCACAUCCGCAUCCACACGGGGGAAAAGCCCUUCUCCUGCAGGGAGUGUAACAAAGCGUUCUCGGACCCGGCCGCCUGCAAAGCCCACGAGAAGACACACAGCCCUCUGAAGCCCUACGGCUGUGAAGAGUGUGGGAAAAGUUACCGCCUUAUCAGCCUGCUGAACCUGCACAAGAAGCGGCACACGGGGGAGGCCAAGUACCGGUGCGAUGACUGCGGGAAGCUCUUCACUACUUCGGGCAACCUCAAACGGCACCAGCUGGUGCACAGCGGUGAGAAGCCCUACCAGUGCGACUACUGCGGGCGCUCCUUCUCCGACCCCACCUCCAAGAUGCGCCACCUGGAGACCCACGACACCGACAAGGAGCACAAGUGCCCGCACUGUGACAAAAAGUUUAAUCAGGUGGGAAACUUGAAGGCGCACUUGAAGAUUCACAUUGCUGAUGGCCCCUUGAAGUGCCGCGAAUGCGGCAAGCAGUUCACCACGUCAGGGAACUUGAAGAGGCACCUGCGUAUCCACAGCGGUGAGAAGCCCUACGUGUGCGUGCAUUGCCAGAGGCAGUUUGCCGACCCUGGGGCCCUGCAGCGACACGUCCGCAUUCACACAGGCGAGAAGCCCUGCCAGUGCCUGAUCUGCGGGAAGGCCUUCACUCAAGCAAGCUCGCUCAUCGCUCACGUGCGUCAGCACACGGGAGAGAAGCCGUACGUGUGUGAGCGCUGCGGCAAGAGGUUCGUGCAGUCCAGCCAGCUGGCCAACCACAUCCGGCACCACGACAACAUCCGGCCACACAAGUGCACCGUGUGCAACAAGGCCUUUGUCAACGUGGGGGACCUCUCCAAGCACAUCAUCAUCCACACCGGGGAGAAGCCGUUCCUCUGUGACAAAUGCGGCCGAGGCUUCAACCGCGUGGACAACCUGCGCUCCCACGUCAAAACUGUGCACCAGGGCAAGGCUGGCAUGAAGCUGCUGGAGACGGAGGAGGGCGACGAGGUCAACAUCGUCACGGUGGCCUCGGACGACAUGGUCACUUUAGCCACAGAGGCACUGGCCGCCACAGCAGUCACACAGCUGACGGUGGUCCCUGUGGCAGCCGCCGUGACAGCAGAUGAGACUGAAGCACUUAAAGCAGAGAUAACAAAGGCGGUGAAGCAGGUGCAGGAGGCAGACCCCAACACCCAGAUCCUCUACGCCUGCGACUCAUGCGGGGAGAAGUUCCUGGACGCCAACAGCCUGGCGCAGCAUGUGCGCAUGCACACGGCGCAGGCCCUGGUCAUGUUCCAGGCCGACACGGACUUCUACCAGCAGUACGGCGCCGCCGCCACCUGGCAAGCCGAGCAGGUGAUCCAGUCCGGGGAGCUGCUCUUCCGCGCCCGGGACGGGGCCGAGGUGCAGGCGCCCUUGGCUGAGGCGCCGCCACCCACCACCGAGGGCCAGGACCCGCCCGAGUGACCGGGUGCCGCACGGGGGAGCCCCCGGCUCGCUCCGGCUUUGCCAGCCGGUUAUUUAAGUGAAAUGAUGUACAAAUGUAUUUCUGUAAGGAGCACCCCCUGCCCCACCAGGCUCAGACCUAGAUUAAAUAAAUCCCCUUAUUUUCUAAACCC